AGAUACUCAAUACCGGCCGCAUUCAUCGUUUCCGCUAUGUUCACCUGUGCUUUUCUUGUGCCGGUGCAAAAGAAUUGGAUAUGUUUUUCACUUUUGUGGCACACGAAUAAUACUUGGGUCAAUAAUCUUUCUUCUGCUCCGGUACUUCUUUCGAGUUUAAGCAAUCUAACGGAAUUUGCUUCCUCAAUGAAUCAAACCUUGAAUCACAGAAAAUGAACCCAAAUCCCCCUCCAAACCCCUCCUUAAACCCUUCUCAACUGAUCACCACCAUCACCAACCUCCUCACCACCCAAAAAAGCCCCUUAUCGCCGCCCAACUCCGCCCUCCUCCGCCCUUAUCUCCCCCACCUAACCCCACCGAUCCUCCACUCCAUUUUCACUUCCCCCACCCUCCUCUCCUCCCACUCCACUUCCCUCCUCUCUUUCUUCAAGCUGGUGCAAUCCCACAAGCCCUGCCUCACCCUCCCCCUCCCUUCCCUAAUCUCCCUCCUCAAUUCCCUCUUCCGCCGCAACAAAUUUGCCGAUGCCAAGGCCCUCCUCCUUUCCUUCAUUUCCUCCGAUCACCCCCGCCACAACCUCCACCACCACCUCCUCCACCCCUCCAAAUCCCUCCCUCCGCCCAAUAAUGCCCUUUUGGACACUUCCAUUGGCGCCUACUGCCAAUGCGGCCACACCCACCUCGCCGCCAUGGUUUUCAAGAAGAUGAAGCGCCUCCGCCUUCGCCCGAAUCUACUCACUCUCAAUACCCUCUUGAAUUCGCUGGUAAAGUACCCUUCCACCCACUCAGUCCAUUUUUGUAAAGAGUUAUUGAAUGAUGCUCUUAAGCUCGGCGUUAAGACAAAUACAAAUACUUUUAAUAUCUUGAUAAGCGGAUAUUGUUUGGAAUAUAAGUUCAGAGAUGCUACUAAUUUGUUGAAUGAAAUGAAGGAGUUUGGUUGUGAACCAGAUAGUGUGAGUUAUAAUACGAUAUUGGAUGCCUUAGGUAAGAAGGGUAGGUUGCAAGAGGUUCGUGAUUUAUUGCUCGAUAUGAAGAACAGAGGGUUGGUUCCGAAUAGGAAUACAUAUAAUAUCUUGGUUAACGGGUACUGUAAAAUGGGGUGGUUGAAGGAUGCUGCUAAGAUCACUGAGUUGAUGACCCAAAAUAGUUUGUUGCCUGACAUUUGGACUUACAAUAUGUUGAUUAACGGGUUGUGCAAUGAGGGAAGGAUUAAUGAGGCCUUUAAGCUUCGUGACGAUAUGGAGGGGUUGAAAUUGUAUCCCGAUGUGGUUACUUAUAAUACUUUGAUUAACGGGUGCUUCGAAAAUGGAAAGAGUUCUGAGGCUUUUCAGUUGCUUGAGGAGAUGAAAGGAAGAGGAGUGAAACUAAAUGAGGUUACUCAUAAUAUCGUGGUUAAGUGGUAUAGUAAUGCAGGGAAGAUGCGUGAAGCUAGUGAUGUUUUACGUAGGAUGGAAGAGGAUGGGUUUUCUCCAGAUUGUCUAACCUACAACACUUUGAUAAGCGGAUACUGCAAAGCUGGGAACUUGGCUGAAGCUUUUAGAAUGAUGAACGAAAUGGGUGGUAAAGGUUUGAAAAUGGAUACUGUGACUCUGAAUACUGCUCUUCACUCUCUUUGUCAACAAAGGAUGCUUAAUGAGGCACGUGACUUACUUAAGAGUGCAGUAAAGCGAGGUUAUAUUGUCGAUGAAGUUAGUUAUGGCACUCUAAUUGUCGGUUACUUUAAAGAUGAAAAUGUGGACACAGCUCUCAAGCUCUGGAGUGAGAUGAAAGAAAAAGGUAUUUUUCCCAGCAUUAUCACAUACAACUCUGUGAUAGCAGGGCUUUGCAAGACUGGAAAAACUGAACAAGCAAUGGGGAAACUCAAUGAGCUUUUGGAGAAUGGGUUGGUCCCUGAUGAAAUUACCUACAACACAAUUAUUCAAGGCUACUGCUGGGAGGGAAAUAUUGAGAAAGCAUUUCUCUUUCACAAUAAAAUGGUUGAGAAAUCAUUCAAACCUGGCAUCUAUACAUGCAAUAUUCUUCUUCGUGGGCUUUGCAGGGAAAGGAUGCUUUCAAAAGCUAUCAAGCUAUUUAAAACAUGGAUAUCGAAGGGGAAAGUUCUUGAUGCAGUAACUUACAACACAUUGAUAACGGCCUUAUGUAAAGAAGGGAGGCUUGAUGAGGCAUUGGGCCUUGUUGCUGAAAUGCAAGAAAAGAAGCUAGAGCCUGACAGUUACACAUAUAAUGCCAUUGUUGGUGCAUUUGCUGAUGUGGGAAGAAUAAAUGAAGCGAAGGAGCUCCUGCCAAAAAUGGCUGAAAUGGGAAUAUCAUUUGACCUACCUGCAGCAAUAAACAAAGAGCAAGAUGCCGCUGGUGAAUCAUCAGAUCAGUUUGAUCAAAGUUCUAUUGCUACUGCAGAGCAGAUAACUGAGCUAUGUACUAAAGGGAGAUUCAAAGAUGCCAUGCACAUAUAUGGAGAAAUGACUAAGAAGGGUAUUGCUGUUCACAGAUCUGCAUAUAUUGCCCUAAUGAAUGGGCUUGUCAAGAGGAGGAAAAGUACACUGAAGUCUGUUUGAUUUUUGUUUUGGUGUUGCGUGGCUCAUCUCCUUUGCAAACUGGAAAAAUAUAGUUGGCCAUACCAAGUAAGUUAUAAGUUGGAAAGUCUUACACUUUUGACACAGAAUAGCAGUUCUAAGUUAUUGGAGGUGGCUGUCUGUGUUGCUGCUACAUGAGCAAGAGGUUGACUGUGGACCUUCUUUCUUCAAGUUCGAGUGUCAGGAUGAGCAUCUGAAAACUGGUUGGGUUUCAUUUUCAACUGCUUCAGGUUGGUUUUAUGGUGGCAAUCACAUUAGCAUUCAGAUCUUGUGGUGUUUGAUGUGGUAAUGCCACUCUGAAGGUGGAAUUCCCUUCCCUUUUAUGUUAGUGUCUGCUGAGGUGGCAGUUGUCAGUAGCAGUGGAGCAGGUUUAUCUAGAGCUGUUAUGGAGUAUAUCCAGUUUAGAAAGCAUUCUCAAGAUUGAGAGAAAACCUUUCCAGGAUCUACACAGUAGAAUUUACAGGUGCAACUUUGGUCUUACCAUGGAGGCUGUUUUGAGAUAAACAGGAUUCAUGGGCUUUUCCCUGUUGGUCCCUUUUGCUGCUGAUAUGAUAUUGGAGCGAGUGGGUACCCUCUAUUUGAUUAUCAAAUAUCGUAGGAAAGUUGGAGCUCUAAUUGAUGCUGUAAUUGCAAUGCUAUUUUCACAGAUGAUAAGGUAGAAGACAAAGGUUCAGCAUACUUGGUGCUCUAUGUGAAACAGGUGGAUGGGCUGGUGAGAACACAGAUCAUCUGCUGCCUUAUCGGGUCUUGUCUGGUACCUAAAAGCAUAUAAGAUUUUAGGAUGGCUUGUGAUUGCUGAGUGCUAUCAGGAGCUGGAUUAGUUUCUAUUGUCUGAUGCCUAGCUAAGAGCAUAAAAUUUUGACGUGGUGGUGAGAGAAGACAGAGUUUCCAAAACAGAAAGGCAUGGCAGCCUUGCCACUCAAGCUAUUUUCUGGACACUUUGUUGGAAAAGAAAUUGGAGAGCUAUAGUUUUGGCAGUUGUAAUAUGUAGAGCUAUGGGAAAGCUAGAACAGCUUGUACACAAGAACACAUGCCCUUUUUGGCCAUCAUUUUUCGAAAAACUGCACUACUCAUUAAAGCUCAGGAGCAGGGCUGGGAAAGCAUUGAAGCGCAAUCAGACUGUAAAGUGGCAAAAUGAGGACAAUAUAAAUGAUUGGCAUGGCAUGGUUGUGGAGGACAUCAGCAGCAAGCUGCUCAAACAAAUUAAGCUUUGGAAAAUGUUACUUCUCUUUUGUUAAAAGAAAAGGAAACUAUAUAUAUGUUAGUCACAAAUUGGCGAAGUUUGUAUGCCAUAAAC